GAAGAUGAAUGGCUCAAAUCAUUACAAGAAAAUCUUAAAAAAAGUGAAACAUUACGGAAAGAAAUAACAGUGCUUCUAAAAAGUUUUGAAGAUAGGUUAGAAUGGUUGGAUCAAAAUGUGGUACCACUAUAUAAAACAACUGCUAUUCUACAACGAAAGCAAACUAAUAUCAAAAAGAUCCUCAAAACUGUCGAUGCAAUGCAACAAUUUUAUGGACGAGCUGCUGAAUUGGAGAGUUCAAUUCGUGAAGGAAAUGCUUCAGUUGAGAGGGAAGAAUAUAUAGAAAGAAUGGAACAAUUAGCGGAAGCAAUAUCAUUUUUUUCUGCUCAUCCAGCUUAUAAAAAUCAAUUAGAUAAUAUGAAAUUGACUUUUGAAUCUGGAUGUUGCGUCUUGGAAAAAGAAUUUCGUAACGUUUUAUCAGCAGAUUCUGUUGUUGCUGACGCAAAAACAGUUGUAAAUUGUUUAGACCAAGAUUAUGGUUCGUUCCAUUUUCCAUUACCACAGUUCAUUCUUUAUUACAUAUGCUAUAUGGAAUAA